AUGAAUCCCAGCUCACUCAACCUUUCCUUCCUAACCGUGCUUCUCUCCCUCUUCUCCGCCGUGGUCGCAGCUCCCAUCCCUACCCCGGAGGUUCCAGGCAAACGCGACGUAGAUACCUCGAUCGCAUGCAACCCAACCCGGCCGGACUGUGGCCUCAUUCAACGCGCCCUCGAGAAUCUCACCCGGCUUGAGCGCAAGCGCGUACCUAUCCUCAUUAUUACUAGAUCAUUCCCGUUCGAGACGCAGUCUACUGGAAUAUCGCCAAUCCAUAGCAUUGUUCCCAAGUCUGAAUCGUGUACGAGCACGGGGAAGAUUAUCGAGAGACCCCAGAGCCAACGGCGCGAUACACCACCUGUGGAGGAGAGGAAGCCCCCAUAUCGAGGUAACGAUCGGAGACCAUCUGAUCGACCUCAGAAGGAGCCGUGCGGGAUAAGACAUAGCUAA